GGUUAGCAAUAGCAUUAAUCUACUUCAGGACUAACAUUACUUGUGAAAUAUUAACUUUAAAUACUGUAUAAAAGUGUUGCUGACAAUACAAAGAGACUGCAAGAGGGUCGUAGAGGGGAUAUAUUUGUUUUAAGGGUUUAGAGGUAACGUUUUGUAAUGGCAGGUAGAAAAAGAAAGAUGCUGCCCGUGACAGAUGCAGUAGCAGCAAUAAUUAAGCAUAAAAACCGGACGGAUUUAACUCUGAAUGUCUCACCUGCUAAACUGAAGAACAAUCCUUGUGAAACUCUUGAAAAUGCUCAAAAUUGUGAGGCGCAGCACAGCCACUACUUCACCAAUAAUGACCUGCAUCAAAGACUGGAAGAGGAUUUUUUCAAACAAUCAUGCAUUAGUUUGGCAAAAGCAUUCAUUGGCAAGGUGUUGGUCCGCAGGUGUGCAGAUGGCUCUGAGCUGAGGGGGAGAAUAGUGGAAACUGAAGCGUACCUUGGAGGGGAGGAUAAAGCUUCACACUCAGCAGGAGGCAAACGCACCGAGAGGAACACAGCCAUGUUCAUGAAGCCUGGCACGAUCUAUGUCUAUCUAAUCUAUGGCAUAUACCUCUGUAUGAACGUGUCUAGUGAAGGGGAGGGUGCUGCCGUGCUGCUGCGCUCCCUGGAGCCCCUGCAGGGUCAGCCCGCCAUGAGGCAGCUGAGGGCAGCCAGACGCAGAGAGGGAGCCCGACUACUGAAGGACAAAGAGCUCUGCAACGGUCCCUCCAAGCUGUGCCAGGCUCUAAAUAUACCCCGCUGUUUCGACCGUCGAAACCUAGCUGCAGACCCAGAGGUUUGGCUGGAGAAGGACCCCAACAUAAAUCCAGCAGAACCCAAUGACAUAGUAUCAGCACCACGCAUUGGAAUUGAGUCCCAUGGGGAAUGGGCCAAGAAGCCCUGGCGUUUUUAUCUCCGUGGGCACCCGUGUGUUAGCGUAGUGAAUAAAGAAGCAGAAAGGCAGUCAGUGUCUGGAAAUGUAACGAGCAAUUUGGUUCCCUCAGAAGUGCAGUCUCACACAGGACAGCACAAUGUCAAAAAGACGUGACUACUCUGCCAUCUGUUACCUUUGUGGACUUCACCACAUAGGCGGUAUAACAACUAAACAAGAAAGUCAAGAUGGUAAAACAACCUCCAUGACUGGUUGACUGAACAAAUUCAAAUGGGCAUAAAAUGUACGAACGUUUAUUUUUGUAAAUCUUAACCUAUAUUUACUUAUUAAUGAGUCUUCUUUGGUGCUCCAUCAAUGUUUUUAAUAAACAUUCAUACUUUG